CUGUGCAAUUGUUUCGUGUGAUCCGAGUUCAAAGCCUCGUGGUCCACCCGUCUCUUUCUGUCCUACCUGUCUCUCUCGCUCCCACAGAAUAGAAUUAAUAUAUAUAUAUAUAUAUAUAAAAAAUUAAAAAUGUGAGUGUGUUUGGCUAUAUCCUUUCACUACAGUCAGGCUCCACCAUGACUCGUGCCUUCUAUUUCACUUUUUUCUUAAGCCACAUUAUAGCUUAGUGUUAGACACCUUAAUUCGUUCUUCACUCAGCCUACUACAAUCACUAAGCGGAUUUCCGCAGCGCCCAUAUCGUUUACAUUUAAACUGGGUGGGUAAAGACAAGACUUUCUCAUGCACCUCUGGUUCUGUAGAAAUACGAGCGCAUAACCGAUCGCAGCAUGCAUGAUUUCAAAUACAUUUAAAUUAUAAACAUCUUAUAUGCUAUAGUUUUUAAUACUGCAAAUGAGAGUGACGUAAAACAUUAUGGGGUGGGUGUUUGAUUUUGGGGGUACACAUGCACGUCGUCGACCCAACCCAAGCCCCAUUAGCAACACUGGCCACAAAUGUGACAGGUUAAAAUUGUUAUAUUGAAAUAAAACGCACAUCCGAGGUGACAUUUUGUUAUUUUAAUGUGUUAUUGUGUUACUAUCACUACUGAACUACAUCAGAAAAUGAUCUCAUUUGAUAUAUAUUUUCCAUAAAAUAAAUAAAGCUUUCUUUUACUCACUUUGUACUGUUGAUCAAUAUCAUGCCCUAAUUUAAGGUCCUAAAAAGGUGAAAGAACUUAAAGAUCCAAAGCUUCAUCAGUUGAUUAACCCAAAAGUGAUUAUGUCUGCUCUUCUCAAUCAAAUCCCACAUUGAAACACCCUCCCUAUCUUACGCUCCUGGAUUUAUCCCUUAUAAGGAACCACAGAGGGAUAUAUAAACUCACCUGAUGCACUUUUGCAAAUAAAGAGCAGAUCCAACACAGCAGAUCGCAUCCUCUUCCAGGUCUGGGUCACUAGUUGGCAAAGAUGAAUGGCACUGAGGGAAACAACUUCUACAUCCCCAUGUCCAACAGGACAGGGCUAGCGAGGAAUCCUUUCGAAUAUCCACAGUAUUAUCUUGCUGAGCCGUGGCAAUUUAAACUGCUUGCUGUUUACAUGUUCUUCCUCAUCUGCUUGGGUUUUCCCAUCAAUGUCCUUACCUUGCUGGUUACAGCUCAACACAAAAAGCUCAGGCAACCUCUCAACUUCAUUUUGGUUAACCUGGCUGUGGCCGGCACCAUCAUGGUUUGUUUUGGAUUCACGGUCACUUUCUACACAGCAAUUCACGGCUACUUUGCUCUGGGUCCAACUGCCUGCGCCGUUGAGGGCUUCAUGGCCACACUUGGAGGUGAAGUUGCCCUUUGGUCACUUGUGGUGCUGGCCAUCGAGAGAUACAUUGUGGUUUGCAAGCCAAUGGGUAGUUUCAAAUUCUCAAGCACCCACGCUUUGUCAGGAAUAGCAUUUACAUGGGUAAUGGCCAUGGCAUGUGCGGCUCCCCCUCUGGUUGGCUGGUCCAGAUAUAUUCCUGAGGGAAUGCAGUGUUCAUGUGGACCAGACUACUACACUCUGAGUCCUGGAUACAACAAUGAAUCAUACGUUCUCUACAUGUUCUCCUGCCAUUUUAUACUUCCGGUUACCGUAAUCUUCUUCACCUAUGGGCGGCUUGUUUGCACCGUCAAGGCGGCUGCAGCUCAACAGCAGGACUCAGCAUCCACCCAGAAAGCUGAGAGGGAAGUGACAAAAAUGGUCAUCCUGAUGGUUUUUGGUUUCUUGUUGGCUUGGACCCCUUAUGCCACGGUUGCUGCUUGGAUCUUCUUUAAUAAGGGAGCUGCUUUCAGUGCCCAGUUCAUGGCUGUUCCCGCCUUUUUCUCAAAGACCUCAGCCAUAUAUAACCCCGUCAUCUAUGUGCUUCUAAACAAACAGUUCAGGAACUGCAUGCUGACCACUCUUUUCUGUGGAAAGAAUCCUCUUGGCGAUGACGAGUCCUCAACUGUGUCCACCAGCAAGACGGAGGUGUCCUCUGUAUCUCCAGCAUAGAC